UACAGGAGAUGGACCAGAGACUGCGGACACAGUACAUGGGAGACUGCGGACACAGUACAGGAGAUGGACCAGAGACUGCGGACACAGACAGGAGAUGGACCAGAGACUGCGGACACAGUACAGGAGAUGGACCAGAGACUGCGGACACAGUACAGGAGAUGGACCAGAGACUGCGGACACAGUACAGGAGAUGGACCAGAGACUGCGGACACAGUACAGGAGAUGGACCAGAGACUGCGGACACAGUACAGGAGAUGGACCAGAGACUGCGGACACAGUACAGGAGAUGGACCAGAGACUGCGGACACAGUACAGGAGAUGGACCAGAGACUGCGGACACAGUACAGGAGAUGGACCAGAGACUGCGGACACAGUACAGGAGAUGGACCAGAGACUGCGGACACAGUACAGGAGAUGGACCAGAGACUGCGGACACAGUACAGGAGAUGGACCAGAGACUGCGGACACAGUACAGGAGAUGGACCAGAGACUGCGGACACAGUACAGGAGAUGGACCAGAGACUGCGGACAUACUACAGGAGAUGACCAGAGACUGCGGACAGUACAGGAGAUGUCCAGAGACUGCGGACAGUACAGGAGAUGCCCAGAGACCGCGGACAGUACAGGAGAUGACCAGAGACUGCGGACAGUACAGGAGAUGACCAGGGACUGCGGACAGUACAG